AUGCUGGGGGGCAAUCCCUGGGAGGAGAACAGAAGCCUGUGGGGGGAGAGGGAGUCCCUGGGGGCACAGAGGGGUCACGCACGCGCCCCACGCGGGGAGCAGCCGCCGCCGCGUCCUGGAGCAGAGCGCGAGUCGGUCCGGGCCGGCCUCGUGCUGCUGCCUCAGUCCCCCCGUCACCCUGGCCUGGCUCAGCCUCUUCCCGCUGCCCCGUGCAGGGUCCUCCCGCCAGCCUGGCCACCCGGACUGACACGGUCUCGCCGUUCCCUGUGGCUGCGACACGCGGAGCGGAGGGCCUCUCAGGAAGAGCUGAAAGCUGCUUAUCGCCGACUAUGUAUGUUGUACCAUCCUGACAAGCACAGAGACCCAGAGCUCAAAACACAAGCUGAACAACUAUUUAACCUUGUACACCAGGCUUAUGAAGUGCUUAGUGAUCCACAGACAAGAGCCAUUUAUGACAUAUAUGGGAAGAGAGGACUGGAAAUGGAAGGAUGGGAGGUUGUGGAGAGGAGAAGAACUCCGGCUGAAAUUAGAGAAGAAUUUGAACGUUUGCAGAGAGAGAGGGAAGAAAGGAGACUUCAGCAGAGAACUAACCCCAAGGGCACCAUUAGUGUGGGAAUAGAUGCCACUGACCUCUUCGAUCGUUAUGAUGAAGAAUAUGAAGAUGUGCCAGGGAGCAGCUUUCCCCAGAUUGAAAUUAACAAAAUGCACAUAUCCCAGUCCAUCGAGGCUCCACUGACUGCCACAGACACAGCGAUACUCUCUGGUAGCCUCUCUACCCAGAAUGGGAAUGGAGGCGGAUCGAUUAACUUUGCUCUUAGACGGGUGACCUCAGCCAAGGGAUGGGGAGAGUUAGAAUUUGGAGCUGGAGACCUUCAGGGACCUCUGUUUGGGCUGAAGAUAUUUCGUAAUCUUACACCAAGAUGCUUCAUCACCACGAACUGUGCGCUGCAGUUUUCCUCCCGCGGGAUCCGACCAGGCCUCACCACUGUCCUGGCGCGGAACCUGGACAAGAACACGAUGGGCUAUUUACAGUGGCGAUGGGGCAUCCAGUCAGCCAUGAACACGAGCAUCGUCCGGGACACCAAAACCAGCCACUUCACCGUGGCCUUGCAGCUCGGAAUCCCCCACUCCUUCGUGAUGGUCAGUUACCAGCAUAAGUUUCAGGAUGAGGAUCAAACCCGAGUCAAAGGUUCGCUCAAGGCAGGUUUCUUUGGGACCAUAGUGGAAUACGGAGCAGAGAGGAAGAUUUCCAGACACAGUAUUCUAGGAGCCGCUGUCAGUGUUGGUGUUCCUCAGGGAGUGUCUCUGAAAAUCAAGCUGAACCGGGCCAGCCAGACCUACUUCUUCCCUGUCCAUCUGACGGAUCAGCUGCUCCCCAGCGCGGUGUUCUACGCCACCGUGGGACCCCUCAUUGUCUACUUCGCCAUGCACAGGCUAAUCAUCAAACCCUACCUCAGGGCACAAAAGGAGAAAGAGCUGGAGAAACAAAGGGAAAGCUCAGCCAGUGACGUGCUGCAGAAGAAGCAGGAGGCAGAAGCUGCAGUGCGGCUAAUGCAGGAGUCUGUCCGGAGGAUAAUUGAGGCAGAGGAAGCCAGGAUGGGUUUGAUUGUCGUGAAUGCCUGGUAUGGGAAGUUUGUCAAUGACAACAGCAGGAAGAAUGAGAAGGUGAAGGUCAUAGAUGUGACUGUGCCCCUGCAGUGCUUAGUGAAGGACUCAAAGCUUAUCCUCACAGAGGCCUCCAAGGUCGGGCUGCCAGGGUUCUAUGACCCAUGUGUGGGCGAAGAGAAGAGUUUGAAGGUGCUGUAUCAGUUUCGGGGAGUUCUACACCAGGUGAUGUCUGCUGACAGUGAGGCCCUUAGGAUACCAAAGCAAUCUCACAGGAUUGAUGCAGAUGGCUAACCUGGUGAGAAAACAGGGAGGCACGUAUGGUACCUGAAUCAACAGAAGCUGCAAAACCUCCCCCCCGGAUUCUACAAGUUUGAAAGAGAAACAGAGAUGUUUUUAUUUUUAUGAUCCAUAUAGAAGGCGGUGUCAUACCAAUUAUGCGAAGGGAUAACGUGAGAGAACCUGCUUUUACAGGUACCUCCAAGGCAAUACUGCCCUGGAUUAUGGAUUGGCAACCAAUAGAAACAUGGCUGAGAACAUACUGCAUGCCCACCACCUGCCUGGGAGGUGUGAUGGGUAGAGCCCCAGCUGCCAUGUACCCAAGCCCUUCCUGCUGUGUGUUAACUGCAGCUCAUUUGUCCAGUCUUCUCUUACUCUCAGCAAGAUGGGAAUUGGAGACGGACUCUUCACUCUCACUUUCCCUUAAGAUCACAGGGUUGGGGUUAAGUUCUCCUGAACUGAGAACAAAUGGCUGUUUUAACCCUGUCUGCUCCUAGGGGGAAAGUGAAGUUUGUGGCCACUUCUCAGAAUCCAUUCGAUCAAUCCUGUUACUGGACAGAGGAUGUGGUGUUCAUCCCACUUGUUUAUUUAAAAUGGUCUUUUUGUUUAAGGACAAGUAUGUUUGGAAUGAAGUUCUCUGCUUUUCCUAAUCACGUGGACCUUUUUCAGCAUUUGUCCCAAGCACUAUUACUGCUCCAGAGUAAUUGGAUUAUAACCACUCUCUUGGUCAAAAUAAUUUUGCUGCUCCUCACCCAGGACUGCAUUUUAAGUCUUUUGGGGGGUAAAGUGAAUUAGAUUAACUGAACAGUUCUGUGCCUGCUGCUGCAACUCUUCCCAUCUGAUUUUAUACUGGGAAAACAGGGAAAUGAAGUUGAUACAAGUAAGCCAGACCAAAGUGUAGGUAUGUGCCAAAUAUGAGGAAGAACUGAAAACUUCAAAACAGUGACUGCCACCAAUCCUAGUGGCUAGAUUCCCUGAACAGCUUUCACAUACAAACCCUGCUUGAUUUACCUUAUGUCCAGAACAGUGCACUUGCUCUAUCAGCAUAGCUGAAAGUAGCAGGACUGCUGGAAAGAGCACUGUUAAGUCUCUGGGAUCGUAGUACUUUUAGAUAUGUAUAUAAAAGGGAGAAUGGUGGCUGUUAGGCAGGCACUGAAAUGUAGUUCUACUCUUAGCCAGUCCUGGGGGAGGGGAAGCCUCAUCAUUUAUAUGCGAGAGAUUUAGGAAGAAGCAUCUACUGGCAGAGGCAUUGUUGCUUCUCGAGUUAAUAACUUCCUGACACGCACCUUGGCCCCUUUUGUCUGCAGUGUAACUGCUGUCCUGUUCACUUAUAUCAGUGCUGUCUCCCCCUCGCAAGCAUGACAUCACAUCAGGGAAUUUCAUUUGCAAUAGUCCUUGUUCAAGAGCAGGUUUAUCACAGCUAUUAUAGGAAAGCUGAUAAUUAACUUGCCCCUACUUGCUCCUACAAUCAAGUGCUGCUUCCCAUUUUUUAUCAGAAAAAUCUAAUCUUUUUAUGUGUGAACGGCGCCUGUUCUAGGAAUGCAUUUCAUUCACUACCAUUUCACAGUGUUUUUUGAUCUGAAGCUAAGUGUCAACUGUGCAAUAAAUUUUGUGUUGAAUCAAUUUUCAGUUGAAAAUUGCCCAGUGUUUCCUUUGCUACAGAUGGAUCUUCCACAUAUCGAUUACUUCAUCUCAUUUAGUUGGUGGAAGAGAAAACACUGUGUUGUCAUAAUAAACCUUCUUUGAAAGUUGUG